UUUGCCUUAAUGCUUCUUCACUGACGUUGCGUGUCGCGGUGUUGUCUACUUUCUUGAAAAGAUCGUGGGGGAAUUUACCCAAUGGCCAGAAAAUACAGUGAGUAAGCGUGACAGUGAUAACAGGCGUAAAAUUGUACGCUGAAGACGUGGGUUUCAUUUUAUUUUUCGUUUCACUGUAAAAAUGGGUGUCGUGCGAUUUCUCUUUGCCAUUAUGCUGUGCAUAGCGAAUAUGAUAAUCUAUGGGUUAAAGGUUAACAUAUCGACAGCAAUAAUCGGUAUGAUUAAAAAUCAACUUGACAAUCAGACACUGACACACUCUUGGGAAUGUCCGGAAUACGAAGCGAGUGUCGAUUCCACGACCGAUCUGGAUGGUCCAUUUGAAUGGACGACCACGGAGCAGGGUCUGAUAAUUAGCAUAUACUUCGCUGGAUAUCUAAUCGGCAUGUUUCCCUCCGGUUACUUGGCUGACAGAUUUAACGCAAAGUGGGUCCUAUUGAGUUGCGUGCUGUGCAAUGCGAUCUUCGCGCUGCUGGUUCCGCUUGCGGCCAGCCGGAUUCAAAUUCUUUAUACUUUUCGAUUCUUGAGCGGAUUGGUAAGUUCGGCCAAUCUGCCAGUGGUGAACGUAUUGGUGGGCAAGUGGGUCGUCUACGAGGAGAAGAGCACGUGGACGGGAAUCAUUUACGCCGGCACGUCCUUGGGAACUGUAAUCUCGAUCUUGAGCUCAGGUUUGAUAUUGAAUUCGCUUGGAUGGGAAGCCAUCUUUUACACUCACGGUGCACUGCCUCUUCUUUGGUGCGUCACGUUUGCACUUUUCUUCGCGGACAAUCCUGAGAGCCAGAAAUAUAUAAGCGAGGAGGAGAGACGGCUCCUCGUUAAUUCCUACAGUCAUCGCAGUCCUGCGUCUCAGUCAGUCCGAGUCCCUUGGAAAAGGAUAUUUACGUCUCGGCCAGUUUGGGCCCUCAUAUUGACUAACACUUUGGCCAAUUUUUCCUGGUACUUUUUGCUCACGCAACUUCCACUUUACAUGAACAAAAUGCUUAGAUUCAACAUCAAGUCGAACGCUGUCAUCAGCUGUUUGCCAUAUUUGAUUAAUGCUCUUUUAAAUCCGUUGCUGGGUAAACUUUUGGAUCUAGGUAGAAGCCGUGGAUACUGGAAUCAAACGGUUGCACGAAAAAUUGCCGUCACUAUAAGCUGCCUACCGCCCAGUAUCUUCCUCCUGAUAAUUGCAUACAUAGGUUGCAAUAGGGUAGCGGCUACUGCACUUUUGAGUCUGAGCAUUGUCAUUGGUGGUGCCAUUUUUAUCGGGCAUCUCUGUAAUCACAAUGACCUUGCUCCCAAUUAUGCUGGAAUUCUCAUGGGUAUCACAAACACACCAGGCACCGUCUCGGCUUUUCUAUUGCCAGCGCUAGUUGGCAAGCUCACGGAAAAUGGGCACACGUUUGCGCAAUGGCGAUACGUUUUCUGGGUGAACAUAGUAGCCCUGCUGGUUGGAUGGUUGGUCUUCGUAUUUCUGGGUUCCGGAAGUGUGCAAGACUGGAAUUAUCCCAAGGAAGAGGGAUCGGAUAAGCAAAUGUCAAAUACUAGAAAAACCGAAGGAGAUGAACAAAUUGUAGAAAGCUAAAUUCUCGAAUUUACGUUAAAGGAAAGGAAAUAAACGACACGAUAAACAUUCGACGACUUAAAUCCGGAUUAUCAGAAAAAUUACUAUCCACAUCAAAUUAAGGAACAUCAAAGAUAAGUCAGGGGAUUGGACUGAUUCAACAGCGAAGAGAAAAUUAAAUGAUACCGGAUGUCCAACUGUUUUUCAUUUCCUUGAAAAAAAAAGCCAAAAGGGGAAAAAAAGGGGAAUUGGGAAAAAGCACGGAAGCAUGUCGCUCCUACAGAGCAGCGCGUGUGUGUGGAUCGCGCGAGUGAGGUGCAAUUAGCGCAAGGCCACCCACGCGGUAUCCGACCAAUUAGGAGCCACCUGGUAGGAAAGAAAGAGAACAGAAGGAGAAAAAAGGUGCCGUUCAUACCAAUUAGAUGUGCCUUUACUGACUGACUGCGUCGUGCAUAUACGUAUAGUCGGCAGGGAGAAAAAGAGGGGAAACCAGAGCCACGGAUUAUUUACGCCACUUGAAAUAUUACAUUUGUAAUCUAUUCCUGGCAUAUCGCUCACCCGGUACAUUCGGAUCUCACGACCAGCGAACAGCAUCCAGUGAGAAGACGUCCCCAGGUUUCCUUCUCUUUAAAUCUUUCCAACCUGGGAAAAUUUGAGAUUCGCUCCCUCUCUCCCCCGUGCCCUCUCCUACGAGACGAGCUGCAGAAAGUCCGAGUGUUCUGGUAUUUCGGGAAAUUCCAUCGCGGCGAGACGAAUGAUUUUCUCGCAACGAGACGCGCAUCGAACGCUUCCCACACACCUGAUAAGCACACGCGAGACAUUCUUCUUGUUAUACAAAAUAUAUAC